AUGUUUCCUUGGUCUGCUGUUUUCUCCCUUGAGCCUAAGGUGCCUGGCCAGCGCACCACUGAGGAGCUGGUAACCAACACCCUGAUGCUGGAGCUGGGGGCCAUGGUGAAGCGUACUGAACGUAUUCGCUUGGAGAGGGCGACGGAGGGUCGCCGCCGCCGCCGCAGCUCCUCCUCCACAGCUGACUACAGCUGGCUGGCCACCGCCCCGACCCCACAACCCUACGAGCUCACUCCCAAUGACCUGCUGGAGCUGCAGGACCUCUGUACCAAGAUCCCUCCUGCACAGUGUGGCCCUGUUAUUGUCAGGUUCCGGGCGCUGGUGUCGCAGAUGGAGCCGGAGGUCCACGAGGUUCCCCGGCUGUUUCGCUCAGUGCUGCGUGACUGUGUGGACGAGGUGAGCGGGAACGAUGCUCAGACCCAGGACCCGGUGUUCGAGAAGCAGCAGCGCAGCAAGAGCCUCUCCUUUGUUACUUUCCGCACAAAGUUUCGCACAGGGCAUUUCUUAAAGGGUGGCGGCCUGAGAGGCUCCAGGGGGAAUCUGCAGCAGCAGGUGGAUUGGUCCGACGAAGAGGAGGACGGAGAAGGGGAGCAGGAAGCCAUCAAGGCCCGGUCGAGGAAGGGAAGGAGCAAGAGCAUGCCGGAGAUCACUCCUUUGGAGCAGAGUGCUCAGGGUUGAGAAGAGAGAGGGAGAGAUAGUGAAGAGGAACUGGUGUGAGGGAGGGGAACAGUGAGGGAAUCAAACUGAGCCUAAAUUAUAGAGUGUGAGCAUAAAUAUGGGGAAGGAGAGAGAGGGGAAGGAAGCUUUUAGGGAUACAGGGGACAUAACAGAUCUGAAAACUUCUUUCAAAAGAUGGAGAAAUGUCAAGAGAGUCGACUUUUAUAGAUUUCUUUCCUUUUGACUUUACUGUCCACUUGCUGAUGAACUUGAAGUCUUUAGUCCAAAUCCAAAAGCACGAUGGUUCUGGUUUUAAAAUGUCUGUAGCAGCAUCAUCUCUGUGUAUCAAAGCUACAAAUGUAGUUUUCCUAUUAAAAUAAUACUUUCUUGCCUUAAGAUGCACUCUAAAAAGCAAUUCAAGUAUGGCUGCAUGUUGAUUGCAAACAUUAUUUUGAUGAAUUGGGUUGAUAAUCUUGGUGACUGCAUCAACUUAAUAUUGUGUGUAAUUCAAACCUAAAUGUCUGUUUUGGUUGACCUAAAACCAAAUUCAUGUUUGAAAUUGGUUUGAUAAUUUAAUUUUACUUGAGGCUUUUUUCUUGAGCUCAGAAUUUCAUGUCCCCUCCCUAUAUCCCAACAUGUCUGGACAGUUUAGACUGAUGAUUAAAAAUACCUGUGAUUGCAGAGAAAACCUAAUUUCCUGAACUCAAGAUAGUUUGUUGGUUGAGCAUAAUUUCAUCAGAGGCAAACUUUUGCGUUAAUUUUUUAAGCCCAAAAAUAAUUUCUUAGCAUGUGGUUUGGAUGUACGUCGCAGCUCGAGCAAACCAGCUCACCUGGGACUCUAAACUACUCCAUGCUCCAUCCACAUGUUGACAGGAUUGCUUCCUCUGUAUUGUUACAUGUGAUCACGGAGAAGUUUGAAGCCUUGUUUUUGUCAUCGAUAUACUUAAAAAAUGCUCAGCAAUGGUGCUGAUUGCUUAUUCUGCUCACGAUGAAUCUUUGAGCAUAUAAACAUCAUCAUAUGGAUUUGUUAAGAAGAUUUUAAAAAAACACUUGCUUUUCACCGGAGGGGGUCUUUAACAUGGAGAUGUUUAACAGCAUCAUCACCAUCUUACGUAGAUGUAAAUAGUAGCAUGGUAACAUUUUCGAACUAGAAAAGCACUCAGAGAGUGCAGUACUCCACCAAGGCUGCUCAAUUGUAUCAUUUCCAACAGCUGAAAUCUUGAAAAGAUUUGUGCAUCCAGACUUUACGCCGCAUCACUUCCAAAAUCUAAUCAAUUGCUCCUUGUGUCAUUUCUGAGCUUCCCUGAAAAUUUCAAUAAAAUCUUUUAAUCUGCUUUUCAGCAAUGUUGCUAACAGACGGACAGACAGACAAACAAACGGCGAUCGUCAGAUAACGCUGCUGAGGCUCCGCCUCCUUGGCAUCAUAAUUAGCUAUAAAUACAAAGUAGUUUAGCUUAACAGGUAUUUGGUCAUACAUGACAAAGUUAAAUUUUGACCUGAGGAUGGCGCUAGAUAAAAAGGUCGUGGAUCACCAGAGAUCUUACAAUCUGUUCUGAGGGAGGGCAUCAGUAUGUAAACCAAAUUUAAUGUCUAAAUUCAUGUUUCAGACAGACGCUGUCAUCCCAUGAGUCACACUGGUGUGAUGACUAAGACGUGCUGCAUUCCUAACCUUUGCAUGCUUCAGGUAUCUCUAAAAUCAAACACGUUAUGCAAGGGCUCUGAAGAGCAUCUCCUGAUGAAUCAUGAACACGCCUCAUGAACUGUCCCUUUAAAAACAUGUUACGCAACACACAGGACAGCUGUAUUCUGCGGUAGACGAGGCAAGUUCAGCUCAGGGCGCUCACUGCUGUACUCAGCAGCUACAGUUUGGCUCCAGACCCUCAGCCUCGUCCCUGGUGCUCUACCUUCAGGCAAAUACUUGUAAGCAAGAAAUAACUAGAAUAAUGUCUAAUGUUUUUUAUUGUAAAUAUUACAUGUUUGCAGAAUUAGAUAUUUAUAAAUUGAUAGAUAUGUAACUUCUCUUUUGUGCGAUUAAAUCAUUGCUUUUUUUCAUGAAGGUAUACAUUUGUUUUGAUUUAAAUAUAGUUGUGUAACAUUUGAGACUAAAUAUGACUACCAAGUGCUAAU